AUGAGUCUUAUUUUACUUAUUUCAUUGUUAUUUAUUAAUAACUCAUUAGCUACUUUAUGCAAUGAAUUAGAAAUGAAUAAAGUAUAUACAGUAGAACAAGCAUUUGAAUGUAUUGAAUCAGUAAAAGUAAAUAGAACAGUUACUGAAGCAAUUAAAAAAGAUAUUACUGCAAUUUUUGAAACAUAUGUUUAUAAAGAUAUUUUACUUUCACCACCAGCUAUUAAAGGAAAAGCUGAUUAUUACCAAAAAGUAGAUAUAGAUAAAUUAUUAAAAGAAUUAGAUACUACAGAGACUUCUAUGUAUUCUUUUUAUCAAAAAAUUGAAAAUAUCUUUUUUGCUACUCAUGACCUUCAUUUAACUUUUAGAAUUAGUUCUAAUAAUGAAUUUAAAUAUUAUUUUGAUAGUUUUUAUGCUGUUUUACCAUUCUCUAUUGAUAUUAUUAAUGAAGGAAAAGAUGUUAUUUUAAUUCCAUAUGAUGUUCUUACUCAUUAUGGUGUAAAUCUUCCACAAGAAAUUAUUGAUAAUAGUAAAGUCCCAGUUCAAAGUAUUAAUAAAAUGAAACCACUUGAUUGGAUUCGUAAAUAUGCAGAAGAACAUACUUUUCUUAAAUCAAAUCAUGGUAGAUUUACUUAUGCUAUUGAGUCUAUGUCUAACCAAAAACUUACUUCAAUUCCAUUUGAAAAAAGUUUCUUAUCAGAGUCUAUUGAUAUCGUAUAUUCUAAUGGACAAACAGUAUCUACAGGAUAUUCAAUGUUAUAUAAACCAUUAGUUUCAUUAACUAAAAAACAACAAGAAAAGAUUAAAGCUAAAGAAGAAGGUAAAAAUAUGAAACCAAUUAGUUUAAAUGAUUUUAUUGAUUUAAAACAAGACUCAAAUACUUUUGAUUAUGAGUCAUUAGAUAAAAAUAUUGCUUGUAAAACAUUUAAAGAAGAUGGAAAACAAACAAUUAAUGUAUUUGUUUUAAAAACUUUUUAUCCAGAAACAGAAGUUGAUAACUUCUUUGAAACAUUUGAUAAAUGUAUUGCUCAAUUUGAUGAAAAUGAUGACCCAGUUGCUAUGAUUUUACCAAUGAAUGGUGGAGGAUAUGGAGAUUUAGAAAGUAAUAUUGAAAAUUUACUUGCACCUUAUGAAGAUACUGCAUUAAUUGGAAGUGUUAGAAUAUCACCAGGAGCUGAGAAUUGUAUUAAACAUGAAUAUGGUAGUGGAAUGUAUGAUCCAAUGAAUUGUACAUCAAGGUACAAUAUAACUGGAAACCUUUCAAUUCCACUUGGAGAAUUUUAUACAAAACCAGUUCCUGUAGUAUAUGGAAAUAAUGUUACACAUAUAAAAUCACAAGUAUCUCUUCUUGUUCCAGAAACAAUGCUUGCUUCAAGAUUUACUAAACAUCCAAGAAAUCCAAAUCAAAUUAUUUUAUUUACUGAUGGAUUUUGUUAUUCAGCCUGUGCAUUAUUAACAAAAGGAAUGUGGGAAAGAGGAAGUGCUAUUAUUGUUGGAUAUGAAGGAGAUCCAGAAGGUGAUGUAGAAUGGUUUGAUGCUGGACAAUCACCAACAGCCGUAAUUGGAAUGGAUGAAAUGUUUUUACCUGAAGGAGAUGAUUUAGCAAGAUAUGGAGGUUUUAUGAGAACUAGUUUUUAUGAAUAUUUCGAAUGGAAUCUUGAUUAUAAUAAAGAAAGUAAUCCAAGAGAAUUUACUCUUUCACCAAUUGAUGAACGAGUUCAAAUUUACAAAUAUACUGAAGAUAAGUUAGAAGAGUUUGUAAAAGAAGCAAGAAAGAUCUUUGAAAAAUAUGAAAAUGGAUGUAAUCCUAAAAAUAAAAUGCUUACUAAAUAUAGUUCUGAGUGUGACAGUCAAAUAACUGUCGAACAUGGUCAUGGAGGAUUUAUUUGUGGUGAUGAUGGAAAAUGGUCUAAUAUAUGUAAAGUUUCGUAUUGUGAUCAUGGAUAUAAAUGGGAUGAAUAUAAUCAAAGAUGUAUAGAAGAUGCAUGUUAUAAGACAACAGAUGAUGAUGACAGUAAUAAAAAAGAAUGGAUUGUCAUAAUAAUAUUUAUAAUUGCAGUAAUAGUAAUAGGAAUAAUAAUAAUAGGAAUAGUAUUUGUAGGAGUUUAUUUGAGUAAAAGAAAAGAAAAAGGAUAUAUUCCAAUCACUAAUUAA